AUGGGCGAGGUCGAUGAAGGAUCCACUGUCACGGACUUUCUCCCCUCGGAAAGAGCGCGAGGAAUCACCAUCCAGUCUGCAGCUAUCACGUUCCACUGGCCACCGCGGACUGGUGCAGAGUCAGACAACCUCAGCGUGCAGGAGUUGGAAUCGAAAGGACUUCCAAGGUCUACGGUUCCACACACAAUCAACCUGAUCGACACUCCUGGCCACGCAGACUUUACGUUUGAGGUUCUACGUUCGCUACGGAUCCUCGACGGAGCUGUCUGUAUCCUGGAUGGCGUGGCCGGAGUGGAGGCGCAGACAGAGCAAGUCUGGCGCCAAGCAAGCACCUACAACAUCCCCAGGAUCGUGUAUGUCAAUAAACUUGACAGAGAUGGGGCUGCGUUUGGAAGAACCGUCAGAGAAGUGGGAUCGAGGCUGCAGGGCUGGCCCGCAGUCUGCCAGAUUCCCUGGUUUGAGGGCGGCAAUGGGCGAUUCACGGGCGUUGCCGACGUCGUUUUUCUGCGAGGUCUUUUGUGGAAGGAAGGAGGGGAUGGUAAAGCAGUGAAAGCGUUCGAUCUCCAAGAGCUUGAGGCCAAAGAGAGCCAGCUCGCGAACGAGCUCAAGCGCGCGCGAACCGCUCUGGUAGAGCUUCUGAGUGAGCACGACGAGACCAUGGUGGAGAAGUUCCUAGAGUGUGAAGAAGAUCACCUGGCAGUGUCCCCCUUGGAUAUCCUCCAGAGCCUGCGGAAAUGCUUGCUGCGGCCUGGGAACAAGAUCAUCCCAAUCUUCGCAGGUGCCAGCUUCCGCAACAUGGGCGUGCAGCCACUGCUGGAUGCCGUCGCCAACCUUUUGCCCAGUCCGCCAGAGUGCCCAGACCCAGAGGUCAGCAUUGGCGGUACCAAAGGAGGCCUGCGUCGCCUGCUCAGCGGAGAAUGGAUUGUCGAGCAGAAUCAAAAAGCCCCGUCACCUGCAAAAACAAAGCAAAAGAAGAAGGCAGCUGCCCAGGCCGAGGAACAGAAUCCGAUCGCCAACCUCGAGAGCUGCGCGUUGGCGUUCAAAGUCGUCAAUGACGCCAAAAGAGGCGUUCUCGUCUACGUGCGUGUCUACUCCGGGACGCUGAACCGGAGUGCUCUGCUUUACAACACCAACCUCAACGUCACGGAGCGCGCGCCCCGUCUGUUCAAGAUGUAUGCCAACGACGCCGUCGAAGUCGACUCGAUUCCGGCCGGACAUAUCGGCGUCGUUGUCGGGCUCAAACACGCCCGAACGGGCGACACGCUGAUCUCCUACGCUGGAAACAAGGCCACGCCGCCAGAGCCUCUGAACACGCUGCAGCUGCGGCCGAUCGAUGUGCCUCCGCCGGUGUUCUUCGCCAGCAUCGAACCUCACAGUCUGAGCGAGGAAAAGAACAUGCAAGACGCGCUGGCACUGCUCUUGCGAGAAGACCCCAGUCUGCAUGUCACCGUGGACGAGGACUCGGGCCAGACGCUGCUGAGCGGCAUGGGCGAACUCCACCUGGAGAUCGCUCGCGACCGGCUGGUGAACGACUUCAAAGCCAAGGCGUCCAUGGGCCGGAUCGAGAUUGGCUACCGGGAGUGUGCGCUCAGCCGGUCUAUUCCGGUGACGAAGAUGUUCGACAAGGAAAUCGCCGGUCGCAGGGGCAAAGCGGCCUGCAAGGCUGUCGUGGAGCCAUUUGACCCUCAAGCAGAGACAGAAUCCAGCGACUCUCUCCCGGAUGACGUGAUCUUCGUCGAGACCCGUGACGGGAACCAGGUGAUCAUCCGCGCUCCCAAUCUCCAGAUCGAGAAGGACAAGAAGGGCGUCGAGCUGAGUCCGAACCUGCCGCCUCAUCUGGACGUCAACGCGGUGCGGUCGGCGCUGUACACGGGCAGUCUGGCGGCGCUGGCUCGCGGGCCGCAGUUCUCGUUCCCGAUGCACAGCACGCGCGUGACGCUGACCUUCGAUCCGGCGGAGCACGUCUUUGGAGCCGACACCAGCGCCUCGGCGAUGUCGGCGGCCGCCCGUCUGGCCACGCAGGAUGCGCUGCGAGAGCUGACGGGCAGCAGCGGCGCCGGCAGCGCAGGCACGGGGCUGAUGGAGCCCGUGAUGAACGUGGUCAUCAGCGUGGACGAGGCGAGCCUGGGCGCUGUGGUGCACGACAUCUCGUCCGCGCGCGGCGGACACAUCGUGUCGCUAGACGAAGACGCCACAGCCACAUCGCAGGGCAGUGACCAGCAACAGCAGCAACAGCAGCAGCAAGAACAAGAAGAAGAAACCAUCGACGUAAGCAAGAUCUACGCGCCGCCAGACCCAUACGAAUUGCCCAGCGCGGGCGCAUCAGCGCACGUAGAAACCUCAACGACAUUGUCGUCCGCAAACCAGCCGCGCACCAUCACUGCCAAGGUGCCCCUGAAGGAGAUGGUCGGGUACCUGAAGCACCUGCGCAGCCUGACGGCCGGCCGGGGGACAUUCGUCAUGCACGUCGAUCGGUUCGAGCGGAUGUCGCCGCCGCGGCAGAAGGCUGUUCUGGCGGAGUUGCACAAAUUGUACGAUAUGAUCGAUCGAUCGAUCGACCAGGGAAAUAUGCCUACUAUGCUAGACUAG